AUGGAAGAUAUAAAUCCAACCGAACUAGAAAAUAACACAGAUGAAUUAUACGGUUUGAGUGAUAUAGAAGAUGUAUCAACUGAUGAAGCUUCAGAUAAUUUACUUCAUUCAGUAGUAUUGCACCUAAUGAAUCUGCAAGCCUGA